AUGGAGGGUUGUCCAAGAAACAGAGAAAUCUGUCCAAAACUCCUUGAUUUGAUUCCCCAAGCAAGUAAAUGGUACCAUGAAGAGAAGAACAACACAGAUCAGGAAAAAAAACUUGAGCUAAGGCUUGGACCACCAGGUGUUGAUGAAGAAGUUCGUUUGGCGAUGAACAAGAAGAAGAAGAACACAGAGACAAGAAACAUCAAAAAGGAACCAGAAGACAAAUCUAUCCUCUCUCUUACCGGAAACCAUUUCUCCCUUACCAACAAAACCACUUAUGCUCCUCACAUCUCUCAGAAAAGAACCGCUCCUGGUCCAGUAGUGGGUUGGCCUCCUGUUCGUUCGUUUAGAAAGAAUCUAUCUAGCUCAAGCUCUUCAAAGCUAGGAAAUGAAUCCUCCCAUGGAGGUCAAAUCAACAAGAGUGGUGAUGGUGAAAAGCAAGAACCUAAGAAGGAAGGAAUGUUUGUAAAGAUCAACAUGGAUAGUGUUCCUAUUGGUCGGAAAGUCGAUCUAAAUGCUUACAAUAGCUACGAACAGCUUUCUUUUGGCGUUGACAAACUCUUCAGAGGUCUACUCGCAGCGCAAAGAGAUGUCUCUGGCGGUGAAGGAGAAGAGAAACCGAUCAUUGGAUUAUUGGAUGGGAAAGGAGAAUUUACUUUAACUUAUGAGGACAAUGAAGGAGACAAGAUGCUUGUUGGGGAUGUUCCUUGGAAAAUGUUUGUUUCAUCAGUGAAGAGACUGCGUGUGAUUAAAAGCUCUGACAUUUCAUCUGCCUUGAAAUUUGGAUGCAGUAAGCAUGAGAAGAUGAGGAACUGA